CAUUGCUUGAAUUGCUUCUCAGUUUUUAUUGGUUCUCAUACCUGCUCAGCUGCUCUCUCCGUCAGACAACGCACAACUUCAACCACUACCGAAAAUAUUCGCGUACCAUUAUGUGUUCACACCCUGACAUUGUAUUAUAAUUCAACCCUGCAGUUCAAAUAAGCCCAAUUUAGUUUUUAAACACCAACUGUUCAACGAAGUGCUAUUGUACAACAAGUUUUAACAAGUAAUCAUCAAGUUAUUGCUCCAAUCGUAAAUUCAAUGAGUAGUUCAGUUUCAUCAUCUUAUGUGGGUGGUGGUGGUGAUAAUCCACCACCUCAAGAACAAUCUAAAGCAAAAAAAGAUCAGUUACGACAAGCACUCAUGCCAUCAUUUGAAAAAUUAUAUAGACUUAUACCAGAAUCAUUACCGUUUCGUCAACCAGUUGAUCCACAAGCACUUGGCAUUCCAAAUUAUUUUAAUAUUGUUAAAAAACCCAUGGAUUUAUCAACAAUUAAAAGAAAACUCGAUGCUGGAGAAUACAGGACUCCAUUGGAAUAUUGUCAUGAUGUAUGGUUAAUGUUUGAUAAUGCAUGGCUUUAUAAUAAAAAAACAUCACGUGUUUAUAAAGAUUGUACAACAUUAUCAGAGGUAUUUGCCAAAAGCAUUCAACCGGUUGUGGAGUCACAUAGUUAUCUAAAUCCACAAAAAGUUAGAAAAUUAUCAAUACAAAGAUGUAUACAAUCAUUGGCACAUGCAUGUCAAUGUCGUGAUGAAAAUUGUUGUUUACCAAGUUGUGGUAAAAUGAAAAGAGUUAUUAAACAUACUAAAUUAUGUAAAAGUAGAACAAAUGGUGGUUGUCCAAUAUGUAAACAACUUAUUGCACUUUGUUGUUAUCAUGCUAAACACUGCCAAGAAACAAAAUGUCUUAAACCAUUCUGUUCAAAUAUAAAACAGAAAUUGAAACAACAACAAUUACAACAAAGAUUACAACGAGCACAAUUAUUAAGAAGAAGAAUGGCUACAAUGAAUGGAAGUCAAACUGGUGCUCAAGUUAAUGCAAUACAAGAGAGAACAGAGCAGCCAUGAAGAAUUAGAUACAACUGGACCCAAGGAUAUAUGACUGAUCAACCAAG